UUAUGCUGAAUCUUCUUUAAUACUGAGGGAGCCCAACAACUCUACCGUAAUCAGACCGCUGCUUAUAAUCAGCUAAAUUAGGUAGCAAUCAACAGUGGGCUAUCCAGCACUGAAGGACAGGCAUAUGAGCAUUCUCUUGGCGGAAGAAGAGUCGCAGAACUCAGUCAGGAUUGUUAACGAGUGCACAUGCUGACUAUAACUGCGUUUCGUACCAAAAUGUGGCUACGGAGAGGAGCAAAUCAAUUCACUAAUUGCAUCAACCAUUGUACAACAUUGUCCACUAUGUUCAUAAUUCUCUUUCGAUUUCUUACCAGCCAUGUUACCAAAGUCGAGUGUUUUUCCGAUAGUAUUCCGCUCGGCGAUUGCUCACCGAUGAAAUCUAUCCACGGUGUCCAACCACAACAGGGUCCUCAUCCUUUCGUUACUUACGCUGACAAGUCGAAAAUAAUCAAUAACGGCGAUGUCGUAAAGUUAACGCUCACAAUCAAACAAAGAGCUUUCGGUUCCGAUGUUUCAUUUAAAGGAUAUUUGGUAAUGGCGUUUGACAGCGAGAGCAACUUGACUGACGUCUCCAUUGGAUCCUUUUUUCUACCCAGUGACGGACAAGUGGUCAGCUGCCCGGAUGGACAAUCGUUGAAUAACGCCGUGACGCACCAGUCCAGUGACAAGAAGCAGUUUGUUACCGUUAACUGGACACCUCCGAAAGACUAUGUCGGUUUAGUGAGUUUCCGAACUACGUAUCUUACCAACGGUACCGUAUUUUGGAUUAACACUCAAGCUGCUUAUCUUGUACGUGUUAUCGAUCCGAUAGCUAUUACCCUUCCCCCGUCAACGGAAACACUACCGUUAACGACAUUGUCAUCAACGGACACCAGUUAUUCUGAUAUGGCGACAAGUGAGGGCUAUGAAAGUAUUGCUACCACCACGGAAGAAAUGAUGUUCAAUGUGACAGAAGACGCAUACAAUUCAACCAAUUCCUUUACGACAGAUGAAACAACUACGUACGUCACCACGGGAAUGACCUCUACGACCAAGCCAUCAGGAAGUGGGCCAACCUCCGAGUUCCGGCUUGAUUUCAACGUAUUGUUGGCCAGCUUGGCAUGCUGGGCUGGGCUCCGGUUGCGUGACAAGCAUUUACUACUAAUCGUCGUGUAAAAAAUCAAACCACGUACAUUAUAGCAUUACUUUCAGUCAUGUCAUACGAUAGGCAAACGAAACGUGUGUUAUCUUUCGUAUUUGAAUUCUUAGCAAUGCGGUGCAUUUCAAAUUGGCAUAGCCAAAAUAAUUACUUUUGAUCAUUCUCAAAGUUUUCUUUUUUCUUUUCCCUCAAUAGCAUUGCUGAUGCAACUUGCAAAUCUCUGUCUAAUCAAUUCGUUGCACGAUCUCCUUUUUUGUUGUUACUAAUUAACUUGUACCUAUCGUAACCCCCCCCCCCCAAAAAAAAAACAAAAAAAAAACAGCACCAUAAACUACUCUAAGCCUGCUGAGCUUGCGCCAUAAUGAGUCAAACAGAUAUGGAGAUAAAAUAAAAUACCGUGUGGUAUCCUGUUCCAGUUUGGUCACGCAUAUGAGCUUAAGCGUCGAGGAUGAUGAAAUGACUGAGCUGUUUUUUGAGAUAAGCUCAUUGAGGGUAAGGACUAUAUUCUCACAAAAUGGUGCAGAAUUACAAAAGACUGCAUUAGAAAUAAAACAAAAGGUGCAUUCUUUUCAACUUUAAUGGCCACGAGUUGAAAUCGAAAUUGCGGGUUAAUUCACGGUCGACCAUGAUUAAUCAAAACGAGUCAACCGGAAGGUGAAAACGUGAUUUCAAUCUGCCUUGCUGCGUUGGCUGUCACGCGUAGCUGCCUUUACUUUCUUGUGCAAUAAAACAAGGUCAUUCAAAAGAUUGGUCUUUAAGACAGCGCUGGCACAGAGAAGGCCGCUCAUCAUUGAAGGCACGAAUCCGGAACACAUCACAUCUUGGCCGCAAAGAAACAACCCUGGAUUUAAAAAAUAAUAAUUGAUGGAAAUAGACACGCCAAAUACGGUAAGUUAGCAAUUGAACGGGCGUUGGUGACGACAUGUCACGAGUUUUUUUUUUAAAUCAUCAUUAUACCUUCGAUGCCGGUUUCUGGGCGCAACAAUGAAGCCUGUUUGGGAGAGAAGCGUUCAAUACAAUGUUCCAGGCCAUAAAUGGCACCUUCUUUGGCGUUUAGAUAAUGUUCGUUGGUAAUUGGAGUUCCAACACUGAAAUAAUCAAUAGCACCCUGUGGAAAAAAACAA